UUUUUUUUGAUCCAACACUUAAAACUAUAUAUACAUAUAUAUAAUGGAAUCAAAGAAUCAGGCCCUCCUUUAUUUUCAUUACCAACCUGUCAACAUUGCCCCACAAGUUUUUAUCGCCUUAUUUUGUUUUAUCGCACUUGCAUUUAUUUAUCGUAUCCACCAUAAUAAAAGUGGCAAAUGGUUGUAUAUUAUACCUGGAACAGCUUUGGCAGAGGCAAUUGGCUAUGGAUUUCGAACAGCAUGUAUGUAUGAUACUACUCUUUUGAAAUAUGUGAUGAUGAAUCUUUUUCUUCUUCUUCCUCCAAACGCACUGGCUCUGAUCAAUUACAAGGCUCUAGGAAAGGUGAUUGAAAUUCAAAUGGAACAGAAAACCAAGGCAUCAAGUAACAUCGGUCUUACUGAUAAUAACAAUAAUACAUCUGAACCUUUUUGGUUACGUCCUAAAAUAGUGACAUGGUUCUUUUUUUCCAGUGAUGUAUUUUCUUUCCUCGUUCAAGGGAAUGGUGGUGGUCUACUAGCCAUCGAUGGUAUGCAAAAUAUAGGCAUGAUCAUCGCAUUAUUUGGUCUUGCUAUUCAAUUGGUAUUCUUCGGUUGUUUCACCAUGAUUGCUAUCUAUGUUCAUCGCCAACCAAGAUUUGAUUAUCAACUUGUGAAUAAGAAUCAUGCAAAAAAGAAGGUCAUGCUUUGUUUAUUCAUUACCAUCGCCUUGUUGUAUAUUCGUUCUAUAUAUCGGGUAGCUGAAUUCGCUAUGGGAUAUGAUGGUCCUAUUGCCACGGCUGAAUGGGCCUUUUAUACUUUUGACACCACUGUUAUCACCAUGUGUUUCAUUACUUACUUUAUUCUCUUUAUUGGCGACUAUUUUCCUAAUGGUAAUCAUAUUGGACUUGUUAGUGAUAGUAUUGUUAAUGAAAUGUCGGAUAUGUACAAAUAAAUAGAAUAUAUAACAAAAUCAUAAAAAAAA